AUGACUCAGUUCCCUUAUUCUUCUGCUGCUAUGACCCGCAAUUCAACUACUCCUAUGACCUCCAAUUCUGUAACUUUCGCUAGCGUAGAUGAUGCCUUGGAUUCAUUUAAUCGGAUGCUCCAAAUGAAUCCCAGGCCUUCCGGUGUCAAAUUUGGUCAGUUGGUGUCAUCUCUUGUUAGAAUGAAGGCCUUCCAGGCUGCCUUCUAUGCUUCUAAACGUAUGGAAUUAGCUGGAGUACCACACGAUCGUUACACAGUUAGCAUAUUGCUUCGUUGCUUCUGUAAAUUGGGUCGAGUGGAUUUUGGCUACUCAGUUUUGAGCAAAGCUCAGAAACUCGGUAUUCAAUUCGACGAUGUGAUGCUCAAUACAUUGAUCGACGGGCUCUGUAAAGUUGGGAAAGUAAUCGAGGCUGCAAGGUUGGUUCAUAAAAUUAGGAUUUUGGGUUAUCAACCGGAUGUUUUCACUUUUAACAUUAUUAUAGAUGGGCUUUGUAAGAUAGGGCAAACGAAUGCUGGACUUGAAUUGCUUGAAAACAUGAAGGAGUUCGGUUGUCAACCUGAUGUCGUUAGUUAUAGCACGGUCAUUAGAAGCCUAUGCAAUGAUGGAAUGGUAUCUAGAGCUUUAGAUGUGUUUUCAGAGAUGGAGGAGAAAAAGAUUCAACCAAAUGUGUUUGCUUACAAUAGCUUGAUUUAUGGUUUGUGCAUUUCAAGCAGAAUCAAUGAAGCUAUGGAGUUGUUCAAUAAAAUGGUAGACAAGAAGAUCAUGCCUGAUACAUUCACCUAUAACAUAUUGGUUGAUGCUUUCUGUAAGGAAGGAAAUGUUUUGGGAGCUAAAGUUAUACUCAAAAUGAUGAUUCAAAGAGGACUGCUUCCAGAUAACGUCAGUUACAAUUCAUUGAUGAAUGGGUAUCGUUUGCGCAAUGAAUUAGACAAAGCCAGAAAGCUAUUUGAUUUCAUUGACAAUAGGGGGUGCAAACCUGAUGUUGAGGGGUACAAUAUCAUGAUUCAUGGAUAUUGUAAAAAUGGAAUGAUGGGUGAAGCAGAACAGUUAUUGAAUAGUAUGCUUGAGAAGGAUUUGGUUCCAGAUACGGUCACGUAUAGUACUAUGAUAAAUGGAUUUUGUCAAGUUGGGAGGCUUAAAGAUGCACUACAAAUUCUCAAGAAAAUGAGUGGUGAGGGUUUUUCCCCGGAUAUCAUGACAUACAAUAGUUUGCUUGAUUACUUGUGUCGACGAGGUAAAAUUGACGACGCAUUAGCUUUGUUUCAAGUAAUAGAAAGUAGGUUGAAGUCUGAUGUUGUGGGAUACACUAUACUUUUGGAUGGACUGUGGAAAGCAGGGAGGGGAGAGGAGGCAAGGGAAUUGUUUUCUAGGCUCUCUAGAGACAAUUGUUUGCAACCUAAUACCCGCGCAUAUACCACCGCAAUCAAUGGACUUUGCCAUCAUGGUUUUGUGGAUGAAGCAUAUGAUUUGUUUAGGAAAAUGGAGGGGGAUAGAUGUCUACCUGACAAUUGCUCUUAUAAUGUGAUUAUUCAUGGAUUUCUUCACCAUAAGGAUCCGCUUGAAGCAAUGGACCUCAUUCACGAGAUGGUUUCGAAAGGUUUCUCAGCCGAUUUAACCACGAUGUCUUUGUUGAUAGAAUUGUUGCCCAAGAAUCAGUUGGAUCAUCCAAUUGUCCAGAAGCUGUUGAAUGGUCCUAAUAUCAAGAGUCACGAAAUAGUGUCUAGUGAUCUAUCAGCUGCUGCAACCCAAGGAACCUGCUGA